AUGAGCGACGAGCAAGUGAAGGAGAAACGAUUCAGUUGGGUUUUGAAAAGAUUCUCUUUUUCGCAAGAUGAGAUGUUCUACUCUCGCCCCUUCGUCGUCACAGGCUGCAAUUGGCGUAUUCUUGCUUGUGCCAAGGGAGAUAGGAAUGGGUAUUUGUCUGUGUAUCUUGAACUUGUGGAUCCUGCAUCUUUGAGCUCUGGAUGGAGAAGACAGGUGAAAUUUCGCCUCACGCUUGUGAAUAAGAUUCGGAAACAAUCGACCAAAGUAUGUGGUAGUGCCAAAGCUUUCUCCUUUGCUUGUUUGUGGAUGGUAGCAGAAGGAAAAUGCUGGUUCGAUGCAAGUGAUUACAGUUGGGGUUUUAAAGAGUUUUUGCCUCUUUAUAAACUUCAUGCUAGAGGUAAUGGAUUUCUGGUGAGAAACAAACUCAUUAUUGUCGCUGAGGUACAGAUUCUUUCAGCUAUUGUUGUGCCAGAGGAAACUAUGAAGGUAACUGAACCUCUAAGAAGCAAAGAAAGAAACCAAGCUGAUGAUGUGUCUGUCGAGGAUACAGAUGCAUCCGAAGAGGAUCCAGAUGAUGAUGAUGAUGCUAUAUCUCCUGUUUUAGAUGAUGGAGGCAGGGACAGAUGUCCUUUGAACCAACCGAAUGCAUGUAAGACUGCUUCUCAUGCAGUAGGAAAUCGUGGUGGUAUGAGUGGUAAUGAUGUGGCAGUUUCCAGUGUGGAUAAUGAUGAUGGUACAGCUGAAGAGGUUCUAGAUGAUGGUUCAUCUCUUAUUUUGAAUGACAGAGUUAGAGAUAUUAGGUCUCUGCACCAAUUGAAGUCCUUGGAGGACGCCUCGCAGACAGUUGAAAAUGGUGCUUUAGGGAGUAACAGUAUGUCAUCUGUUACUGAGACUUCAAAGAUUGUGAUCAAAGAGAUUCAACCAGUGAAGGAAAUCAUGGAUGUCAAUGGUUUUCAGGUUUCUUCUUCACAGGUAGAAUCAGUGAGCCUUAUCUUCGAAAGACACCCGGACAUUGCAGUAAGCUUCCGUCCUAAGAACCAUCAGAUCAGGAGGGCGUACAUAAAUGCACUCCUUAGCCUCAUCGAGACACUUUGCCAGUCACCAGAGAAGCUCUCUGAAGAUGAUCUGAGCAAUGCAGAAGAGACACUGGGUGAUUUGAUUGAUGCUGGCUUUAAACUGGAUUGGCUGAAGAAGAAACUAAACGAGGUAUCUGAAAAGAAGAAGAAGGAACAGAGUAGUGUUGCCCGGAUACAAACAAUGGAGGAACAGUUGCAGAAGCUGAAGCUGAUGUUCUUGGAUCUUGAAGCUCAGCUGCAGAAGGAAAAAGCGGUUGUUUUGGCUGUGGUAGCUCCUCUCUCUUUCAAUGAUGUUGUUUGCUGA